GAUAAGUUGAGGGAACAUGGCGGCGCCGUCUAAUUUGCUGAAGAACAAAGGCUCCCUCCAGUUUGAGGAUAAAUGGGACCUGAUGCGCCCCAUCGUCCUGAAGCUGCUGCGCCAGGAGUCCGUCACCAAGCAGCAGUGGUUUGACCUCUUCUCGGACGUCCAUGCGGUCUGCCUGUGGGACGACAAAGGACCCGCUAAGAUCCACCAGGCGCUGAAGGAGGACAUCCUAGACUUCAUCAAACAGGCUCAGGCUCGGGUGCUGAGUCACCAGGACGACACGGCGCUCCUCAAGGCCUACAUCGCGGAGUGGAGGAAGUUCUUCACUCAGUGCGACAUCCUGCCCAAGCCGUUCUGCCAGCUGGAGAUCACUCUGAUGGGCAAGCAGGGCAGCAACAAGAAGUCCAGCGUGGAGGACAGCAUCGUCCGCAAGCUCAUGCUGGACACAUGGAACGAGUCCAUCUUCUCCAACAUCAAGAGCCGACUGCAGGACAGCGCCAUGAAGCUGGUCCACGCCGAGCGGCUGGGCGAGGCCUUCGACUCGCAGCUCGUCAUCGGAGUACGGGAGUCCUACGUGAACUUGUGCUCUAACCCCGAGGACAAGCUGCAGAUCUACAGGGAUAACUUUGAGAAAGCGUACAUGGACUCCACUGAGAGGUUCUACAGAACCCAGGCGCCGUCCUACCUGCAGCAGAACGGAGUCCAGAACUACAUGAAAUACGCGGACUCGAAGCUGAGGGAAGAGGAGAAACGAGCGGUAAGAUACCUGGAGACGAGACGCGACUGCAACUCCGUCCAAGCUCUGAUGGAGUGCUGCGUAAAUGCUUUGGUGACGUCCUUCAAGGAGACCAUCUUAGCCGAGUGUCCAGGCAUGAUCAAACGAAACGAGACCGACAAGCUCCGCCUCAUGUUCUCCCUGAUGGACAAAGUCCCCAGCGGCAUCGAUCCGAUGCUGAAGGACCUGGAGGAGCACAUCAUGAGCGCCGGCCUGGCCGACAUGGUGGCGUCAGCCGAGACCAUCACCUCAGAUUCAGAGAAAUAUGUGGAGCAGCUGCUGACUCUGUUUAACCGCUUCAGUCGGCUGGUGAAGGAAGCCUUCCAGGACGACCCGCGCUUUCUCACCGCCAGAGACAAAGCAUACAAAGCCGUGGUGAACGACGCCACCAUCUUUAAGCUGGAGCUUCCCAUGAAGCAGAAAGGGGUGGGGAUGAAAACUCAGCCGGAGUCCAAGUGUCCGGAGCUGCUGGCCAACUACUGCGACAUGCUGCUGAGGAAGACGCCGCUGAGCAAGAAGCUGACCUCAGAGGAGAUCGAGGCCAAGCUCAAGGAAGUGCUUCUGGUUCUGAAGUACGUCCAGAACAAAGACGUGUUUAUGCGGUACCACAAAGCCCACCUGACCCGCCGCCUCAUCCUGGACAUCUCGGCCGACAGCGAGAUCGAGGAGAACAUGGUGGAGUGGCUCCGGGAAGUGGGGAUGCCAGCAGACUAUGUCAACAAGCUGGCCCGGAUGUUCCAGGACAUCAAGGUGUCCGAGGAUCUCAACCAGUCCUUCAAGGAGAUGCACAAACACAACAAGCUGGCACUGCCAGCGGACUCGGUGAACAUAAAGAUCCUGAACGCGGGCGCGUGGUCGCGCAGCAGCGAGAAGGUGUUUGUGUCUCUGCCCACGGAGCUGGAAGACCUGAUCCCGGAGGUAGAGGACUUCUACAAGAAGAACCACAGCGGCAGGAAGCUGCACUGGCACCACCUCAUGUCCAACGGCAUCAUCACCUUCAAGAACGAAGUGGGCCAGUAUGACCUGGAGGUCACGACCUUUCAGCUGGCCGUGCUGUUUGCCUGGAACCAGCGGCCCAGAGAACGCAUCAGCUUCGAGAACCUGAAGCUGGCCACAGAGCUGCCCGACGCCGAGCUACGACGGACUCUCUGGUCGCUGGUGGCGUUCCCCAAGCUGAAGCGCCAGGUUCUGCUGUACGACCCGGCGGUGUCCUCGCCCAAAGACUUCGCAGAGGGAACGCUGUUCUCCGUCAACCAGGAGUUUUCUCUUAUAAAAAACUCAAAGGUCCAGAAGAGAGGAAAGAUCAACCUGAUUGGUCGGCUGCAGCUCACCACCGAGCGAAUGAGAGAGGAGGAGAACGAAGGCAUCGUCCAGCUCCGGAUCCUCAGGACUCAGGAGGCCAUCAUCCAGAUCAUGAAGAUGCGGAAGCGCAUCAACAACGCCCAGCUGCAGACGGAGCUGGUGGAGAUCCUCAAGAACAUGUUUUUACCACAGAAGAAGAUGAUCAAGGAGCAGAUCGAGUGGCUCAUAGACCACAAGUACAUAAAGCGGGACGAGACGGACAUAAACACCUUCAUCUACAUGGCGUAGCGCCGUCGGGUCUGAGCUUCUACUGGGCUGGGCCUGAUGGACUCCAGAACAUUUCCAGGACUCCCAGACUGCUGAACAGAACUUUGUUUACUGCAGGGAGGCUGAGUUCAGAGGAGAUGGAACAAACUUCCUGCCUUAAACCUGUACACAGAAAAACAGCAGCAGAAGAAGAAGCUGCGUCUCUGAUGCCGGGUCACCACAGGUUCUACGGAACCACGACUGCAACUACACUCCUGGUCCGGGUUUGAGGAAGCUGCGGAACCUCUGCAGUCCGACCCAAAUUCAAACCACUUGAACUGAAGCGCUGCCAUGUUUUCCUCAGAAGCGAUGCUGCUACGUGACCCGGUUGCUCUGGUUCCACACGGUUCUGAUCCGACACGAUUGGAACCGCUGCUCGGAUUCAUUCUGGGUCAUCCUCAGAGAAACACUUCAAAGGUCAAAGAGGUGCUGGCUCCGCCCACGCCGGGGGCCCCGCUGGCUCCGCCCACGCCGGGGGCCCUGCUGGCUCCGCCCACAUCUGGGUCCUGCGCUGCAGAAAAUCAAAUUUUUUUUUCAAAUUAUUCUUAAUUUUUGUGUUUUUCAUCCACUUUUAGAAUCAGAAAAUCACCAAAAUUAAAACAGAAUUAAUUCCUUAAGUUCAAUUCAGAACUCAAACUGAACACACUGAAGUUAUUCAAGCCUUUAUUUCUGCUAGUUUUCAUAAAUUCUCAGAUAAUCACAUCUGACCUUUGCUCUUCAAAAACACAGUCUUACCAGAAAGCAUUUAUUAUAAUAUCUCAGUAUAUCUGAACUGAGACAAAAGUAACUUUUUUGCAACAUACAGCAGACGUUUUAUGUCAAUAAUUCCUUAAUAUUGUGUGAAUAUUUCUUGUUCCACAGGCAAAUUAUUUCACAUAAAACGUGAGGAAAAUGUCUUAUUCAUUGAAAGCAAUCCCCUAUAUCUUGCUGCAAAGGUACUUUUGUGCUUUUCUGUUUAUUUCAAGUGUGAUAACAUAUUUGCAUUUGAAAAAUACUUUUUACAGUGUCAAACUUAAUGCAGAACAUUAUUCCUACUGAGAGGGUCUGGACUGCCUGCUCUGCGCUCCAUUUGAUUUUCUGCAUCAAAACGAACAGAAAUAGAAGCAAGAAAUGGCUCAGUGUGUGUAAUAAAUAUUAGUUUCACUAAAUCAGUUUUUAAAUGAUUUUCUGAUUUAUUAAGAAGAGUUUAUUUAAUGAAAGCAGUGAUAAACGGACACGGUUCUGGUCUUCGGUGAACUGGGUUCCAUGGUGCGUUCCAGUUGCGCUAAGAAGUCCGUUCAAAGAUGGCCGCUGCAGAUAGAAAGCAGUGACAGCUGCAGAAAUAAACAAUUUAUUUUCUUUCUGUAUUCUAAUUAAAGCAGCUGCUUUUCUGGACAAACUUUUAGAAAACCGGUCUUGAGUUUUUCAUAGUGGCAGCCAUUUUGAAAUGACCUCUGAGUAUCCGAGACCCAGUUCCAACUGUAGCAGUUCGGUUGCCGAGUUUCAGCUGAAACUAAGAAAUCCAGAACAACUUGAAUGCACCAUAACUUAAAUAGGCCAUAUAGAAUCAAAUUAAACAUUUAAUAAUCAAUAAUGGUGUUAGAAAUACAAAAUCAUGAUUUGAUCAUUUUGAGUUAAUUUAGAUUAAAUCAAUCUACGUUUGUCUUGGUGCUUUUAUGUUUUUUGUUUAGCAGCAUCGAAACCAUCUGUGGGCGAAAUGGGUUUGACCCGAUUAGGUCCGGACUGGUCCAGAGUGAAGAGGACUCAGAGUUUAAGCAGAGGCUGAAGCCUUAAUAUGGAGAUGACCCUCAGUACCUGGGGUCAGAGGGCAGAGCCAGAGAGGGCGGAGUCAGUCUCCAGGAGGCUGAGGUCAGUGUUACAGAACCGAUCCAACGUAUCAGGAGCAGGGGGCGGGGCCAGAUGUAAACAAUGGAAUAAAUAAAUAAACAGCACCUUAUUAUGAGAUAUUGUACAGGUGUGUCUUUGAUCGUGGCUCAGAGAGCUCAGGUUGGUUCAUGUUUCAUUUAUUUAUUUAUUCUCUGUUUAGUUUCUCUUCACCUUUGAAAAUGAUCAAAUAAGCUGUUUUAGAAUCAAUCCAAUAAAAACUUUGCUUACAAAAAAAUGCA